AUGUCUAGCGGUGCGCCAUCACAGAAAGGCGCUGACGAUGCCUCGGGCGCUCCUGCGCUGACCCGUCACAAUUUGAAAAGAUUCAACAUACACAAGCGAAAAGAAACCGCGCGCCGGAGAGGCCGGUCGACUCCCUCGGCGUCGCCCGACUUCCAUAGUUAUUGCGAGACCGUCUCCUCUGCUGAUCUCCCCUCUCCAAGCCAGAGGCCCACCAGAAGAAUAAAAAAGCAAACUGCUUCCGAGUUAGCUGCCGAGGAGGCCAUGUUGAACGCCUUGUACGACGCCCACCCUCGUGAAAGGCCCGUUGACCCUCUGCAUGCCUUGAUAGCACAAGGGGCUUCCGGCAACAACGGGCAACCUGACAGUCCCCGCCAGGCCGCUAGUGUGUCAGCCGGUGUGCGAGCGAGUGUUUCGGAGGGCGCGCAAGGAAGCAUACCGGAAGGCGGACCAGACAAUGGCGCUCCUCGACAAAGUAUGGCCGAUGACGCGGCUUCGAAAGUGACUUCGCACUCAGGGCCAGCUAGACCUGUCACGGACGACGGCCCCGUUCCUGCGGAAUAUGACAACGGCCAUCCAGAAGGCCAGUAUGACAACGGGCAUCCUGCACGAUAUUACAACGGCUACCCUUCUCAUCAUGGCUACCCUUCUGGGCAACUGUGGAGUUACGCUCCCCCUCAACCCGGCCUGCCGACUGAUCGGCCUACCAUCCCUCGCCAACAGCCCUCGGACGGCUCUCCCGGCAACCCGGAGUCUCGGUUUCCCGCCAACUUUCCUGCGUACCACUGCACCCAGAACAUGAACGAGAUAGCUGCGUAUCUGGCCAAUGCGAGUUAUGUCGCUGCCCUCGGCGGACCCCCUCUCGCCGACCUCAAGUACGGCAUAAUCAUUGUGCCGGCUGGUGAAGAGAGGCUGCUGUUCGGUCCCCCGUCCCAAUCCCUCCUGAACCAAGAUUUUAUCGAUGCCAUCGACGAUGCCAACCGCGACUACGACAGGGCGCUGCGCAUGCACGACCCGGACAAGGACAGCGAGGAGUUCGUGCGCUCGCGCUUUGACGACGACUUUGCCUCCGUGUCAGCUGCAGCCCAACAGAAUGUUGACACCACUCUAGCGGACGAGAGGGGCGGGGAGGAUAGACGCGGCGCCAAAGACGAUGAUUCUACCACGGCAGACGCGGAGGAGCCGCAGCCGAAGAGGCCACGGCGGGGUCCUCAGCGGAAAUCGGCUCGUGUCAACGCUCACGAAAACGCCAGCGCUCGCAAUAAUGUCGCCUCAUCCGGAAGAGCAAGCAUCAGCCCCAAGCGAGUCGCGCCCGCGACGGACACGGUCGAGCCGCAAGGGAAACCGAGAGCUAGGCGUACCCCGAGGGCAACUGGCAGGCGAGCCGACAGCCCGUCGAAGCCAGCCGCGAAACGGACACUCAGGGGAAAGAAGUGA